AUGAUGUUCCUGAAGCUCGGGAGCGCGAAGUGCUUGCUGUGCCAGCUGCUGCCUCGCAUUCGCAAGGGCGUUCGAAGGGGCGUUCGCAGCCUUUUGGGCCUCGGCCUCGAGCUGGCCGUGCUCCGCCACGGCUUCGCUGGACACGGCAAAGGG